AUGGCGAGCGGUCUCAAAGCUGCCACCCGUUAUGGCGCCCAAAGUGUAAUUCAAUUGGCUGGCUCCACCUCUUCCACGACUCGAACUCUUCAAGCUAAUGGACUUCGACGAUUUGCUCACCAGAGCCAAACCACGCCUCCUACAUCCCCCUUUGCUCCUCGCCAUCUUCUCUCCAUUGCCGACUUAACACCUGCGGAAUUUGCAACUCUGGUCCGCAAUGCUGCUUCGCACAAACGAACCAUCAAAUCGGGAGCCAUCCCACAGAGCCUGUUGGGGUCAAUGUCGGGCAAAACCGUGGCCAUGAUGUUCAACAAACGAAGCACUCGCACCCGAGUGUCUACCGAGGCUGCUACGGUGCAGAUGGGGGGUCACCCCAUGUUCUUGGGCAAGGACGACAUCCAGCUCGGUGUCAAUGAGUCCGUCUAUGACACUUCCGUUGUCAUCUCGUCAAUGGUCUCGUGCAUUGUCGCGCGCGUCGCGAAGCACUCGGACGUGGCUGAUCUGGCCAAGCACUCCUCGGUUCCCGUGAUUAACGCUCUGUGUGACUCCUUCCAUCCUCUGCAGAUUAUCGCCGACUUCCUCACCAUCUACGAGAGCUUUACCCCGAAGGCACACGGCCUAUCCAGUCUCGGUUUGGAGGGGCUGAAGAUCGCGUGGGUGGGAGACGCGAACAACGUUCUGUUUGAUCUGGCUAUCGGUGCCACCAAGAUGGGCGUUGACAUGGCGGUCGCCACGCCCAAGGGAUACGAGAUCCCCAACGAGAUGCUGGACAUCAUUCAGCGGGCGGGUGAGGGGGUUGCGGCUCCUGGCAAAUUGACCCAAACCAACGUUCCUGAAGAGGCGGUCAAGGACGCGGACAUCCUGGUCACCGACACUUGGGUGUCCAUGGGCCAGGAGGAGGAGGCCAAGAAGCGCAUGAAGGCCUUUGAGGGCUUCCAAAUUACCACUGAGCUUGCCCAGCGAGGUGGAGCCAAGGAAAGCUGGAAAUUCAUGCACUGUCUGCCCCGACACCCCGAGGAAGUCAGUGAUGAAGUCUUCUAUAGCCCUCGUUCAUUGGUGUUCCCUGAAGCGGAGAACCGCCUCUGGGCUGCGAUUGCGGCGUUGGAAGGCUUUGUUGUGAACAAGGGUAAGAUCGUGGAGUGA